AUGGGAAAACGGUCAUAUAACAAAUCGGUCUAUAAGGGAAAAUCGAAAAUAAAUAAACCCGUUGUUAGAACAUUAGCAGAAUUUGAUAAGAUAUUUCAAAACUCAAAAAGUUCAAUUAAUUUUCUAGAACAUUUAAUGAUUAUAAAAAUGAAGAUCCAUACAAAGAAUACACACACCAAAGAUCAAGAUGAACAUUCUCCAUGA